UGCGUCGUCAAUGACAUUUAUGUGUCAGAACUUAAAUGUCAUUUGAAAUAUACUGUUAUGGCGGCCUCAUACAUCCGGAAAAGCUGUCUGUAUUCAUAAUCUGAAUUCAUAUUAUUUAAUUCAGAAGGAUCAAUCAAAUAGAUAAAUCAGAGACCUAAGAAUAGAUUAUUCAGACAAAAUAAAAUAAACCGAUAUUGAAACCUGUGUACAAAGGACUAACAAACCGUCCUACUCGAAUGACAUUUGGCACAUAAUGCUAUGCUCAUGAAUGGAAGUUGGAUUGCAUUAGACAAUCGAACAAGGAUUAAGGAUAGUGUGCAUUUUAGACCACCUGUUGGAGGAUGUCUGACGCGGAAAGAUUGAUUUUGUGCGUAGAGAGUCACCCUUGUUUAUGGGACACUUCUAUUGAGGAAUAUUAUGACAGGGAAAAAAAGGACAUAGCCUGGUUAGAAAUUUUUUAUAUUUUAAUCCCAAAUUGGGAAACAUUAAGUGAAGACCAAAAAAGAAUAAAAGGUCUAAAACUCAAAAGAAAAUGGUGUAAUUGUCGCGAUUACUACAAAAAUGAAAAACAAAAAUUUAAAAGCAAGUCUACAGGAUCCACAGCAAAAAAAAAGAAAAAAUAUGUUUACGCCGACAUUUUAGGUUUCUUGGACAAAGUAGUUACACCGAGAAAUCAUGAUGUAAACUAUGAAGCCGAUGACACUGACGAGCUUUCAGGAAGAGAUACAGAAGAUGGACACGAGGUAACAAGGAAUGUGAGAACACGUAGAGCGCUAGAAUAUACAAAAAUUGAAAAUGUUCAUAAGAAUAAACUCUCAUCCCAUCAAAAUACUAAUGAAGAACCGGAAACGAAAAAGAAAAAACCACACAAUGUACCAGCAGAAAUAUUAAAUAUAUUAAAGACGAAAAAAAACACUGCAUCUAAGGAUUAUGACGACGACGAAAAAUAUCUUUUGAGUUUUUCAAGUGACAUGAAGAAAAUGACACACCUACAAAAAAUUGACUUUAAAUUAGGCAUGAUGCAAUUACUUAAAGAUAUAUUUAAGGAAAAUUCGAGUAUAUAUUUACCAUAUUGUAUUAAUUCAAGAACCCCGAGCCCUCAAAGUAGCUAUACUUCGAUCUAAUAACAAGCUUCCCAGAGUAUUUUUUACCAUUCCUAGACCAUUUUUUCGACCACAGUUAAUCCACCACACUGAUCCUGUCCUGAGACAGAGCAUGUAAAACGCAGCUUUAUAAUUUUAUAAUAAAUAAAAAAAAAUGUACGAAAUACGAAAGUUGUAGUUAUUAAUUAAA